GGUAAACACUUUGACAUUAAUUGGUACAUCAUAGAGUGUUUACUUGUUUAGACGUAGUGAUUGUGAAUAACUGUCAAUAAUCAUAUAAUUUUAUUAUUAAAUAUAAUUUAUAUAAAUUUAUAAUAAUAAUACAUAAAAUAUUUAGAAAUAAAUUAAAGUAGGAUAAAAAGAGGUUAUGUCUGCGGAAGAAAAUUUCGAACAGUUCGAAGAUGAAGAGGCUGAAAUUGCUAUCGGUGGUACAUUACCAGGAGGUAGGAAACGUCUAUUUUCAAAAGAACUUCGUUGUAUGAUGUAUGGCUUUGGGGAUGAUCAAAAUCCUUAUACCGAGAGUGUUGAUCUGCUCGAAGACCUGGUCAUUGAAUUUAUAACAGAAAUGACUCAUAGAGCUAUGGAAAUUGGACGUACUGGACGUGUACAAGUAGAAGAUAUUGUUUUCUUAGUUAGGAAAGAUUCACGCAAGUAUGCCAGAGUGAAAGAUCUCCUAACGAUGAAUGAAGAAUUAAAGAAAGCAAGAAAAGCAUUUGAUGAAGUUAAAUAUGCAGGUACUGUUAAUCAGUAGAGUUAUCUUUGCAUUUCAUGGUAUUUCAUUUCAUUUAUGCAAUCUAUGUGAUUAUCCAUUAUAUGGUUUUUUUUUUUUUUUUUUUUUUUUUUUUAUUAAAACAAUGAGAAUACCACAGAUAGCGGGUAUAUAACAAAAUGUUUUAAAUUCAUAUAGAUUGCAAGUAAUUAAGCUUAAGCAUAAUAAGUAUUAUAGCAAGAUUAUGUUUGAGUUUUCCUAUAACAUUGUUUGGUUUAUGCAAUUAUUCUUAACAUGUUUACUAUUGCAACAGAACUUAUUUGUCGUCAUUCUUAUUAGUGUCACAAAUGUGUGACGUUGUGCUUUCAAUCACAACGCUGUGAAAAUCGUUGUGUCACUGGUAGUGAAUGUGUUAAUGAGCUUCAAAAUGUAGAUUAUUGAUUUUUUUUUUUCAUUUUUUUAAUUUGUUUUUUUAUGAAUAAUUUUUUUGAGAUGGAAAAAGUUGACGUAUCAAAAGUAUGUGAUAUUAAACAUUAUAUGAAUCAUUUGCAGAUCAAAUCAUUGAUGCUUCAUUUUUCAUAUUUAAAAUACAUUUUGUUAAUAAUGAGCUUAAUGCCAUUAAGUGUUAUAUAUAUAUAAUAUAUAUGCAACUUAUCAAUUCUCAAUCAAUUUGGUACAUGAGCAGCUCAUAUAGUAAUCUUUAUAAUACAAAUGUUUUAUCUUUUGAUUUUUGCAUGUUACUCUGCAUGUCUUAAGCAUGUCCAUGCUUUUUAUGUUUACAUUCCAUAAACAUGCAAAGAUUGGACAUUUUUUAGUUAUUAUUCAAGGGAGAAAAGUUCAAUUUAAAA